AUGGCGGUGCUCGACGGCGGAGGCUCAGCGAUCAGAGCUGGCAGCUCUGGCAAACCAAUCUCUCUAAUCCUACUGACUGUCCAAAACUCGGCCUUCAUCCUCUUCAUGCACUACUCGCGCAUCAUGCCCCCCUCCGGCGACCACCGAUACUUUCCCUCGACCGCCGUCUUUCUCCACGAGCUCAUCAAGCUUGCCGUUUCCCUGACGCUAGCCCUGUACGAAGGGUCCAAGACGCUGGCGCCCAGCACGCCCGCCACGGUGCUGUUUGAGCAAAUCUACAACGCCAUGUUUGCGGGGGAUGGCUGGAAGCUCAUUGUGCCUGGCGUGUUUUACACGCUGCAGAAUAUCCUGCAGUAUGUGGCCAUUGAGAACCUGGAUGCUGUGCAUUUUCAGGUCCUGUACCAGCUAAAGAUCCUUACAACGGCGCUAUUCAGCGUCUAUCUCCUGAGCCGCCCUCUAGGCCUCAAGCGCUGGCUAUCACUUAUUGUCCUCACCCUAGGAGUCUCGAUCGUCUCUCUACCUGGAUCGACCACCUUCAGCAGCGCCUCCAGAUCCGAUCCUUUUCUUCUUCACGGCAUGCCUGACCACUUCUUCCCCCGAUCUCGCCAUGAGCUUGGACACGCCAUCCCCGACGACGCUCCGGUGCAUCUUACUCGACGCUCCGCCACCUACGAGGGCAUUGACAACGAUCUCCACUUCCUAGAGCCCCCCAUGAACUACUCCGUCGGCGUGACUGCAGUUCUCGUCGCGGCGGCGGUUUCGGGGCUUACUGGCGUCUAUUUCGAGAAGCUACUCAAGGAGAGCCCCUCUCAGGCUAGCGUUUGGGUGCGCAACCUGCAGCUGAGCUUCUAUUCAAUGAUCGCUGCUCUCCUAGGUGGUGUCAUGUGGCAGGACGGAGCUGGUAUCCGCGAGCAUGGCUUUUUCGAGGGCUACAAUGCGGUUGUAUGGGCGACCGUCGUUCUCCAGGCGGCGGGAGGCUUGCUAGCCAGCUUGGUGAUUCGAGACGCCGAUAACAUCAUCAAGAACUUUGCGACGAGCAUCAGCAUCAUCCUCAGCUUUCUCGUCAGCGUGUGGGUCUUUGAAUUCAAAGUGACUCUUACGUUUCUUCUGGGCACGAUGCUUGUGUUGCUCGCGACGUACAUGUACAGCAUAUCAGAAGAGAAACUCGCUCGAAGCCGCCCGCCCGCCAUCCGCGUCGCAAGCUUUGAGAAGCCUGCCAUCGAACACCUUCUGACGCCCGUGGGUACCCCCCGCUUGGGGCCCUCGAAGCACUUUAAAUCCGUCGAGCCGUUUGAUGUCAAGGGCUUGGGCUCGACGUCCAGCCGGCCCAGCAGUCCCAUGUUUGCCCGGCCAGGGAGUCGCCUCGCUUCGCAAAAGGAGCUGUGAUAUUCGACACUGUUGACAUUUUUCGCACAGUAUUUCUUGUUUUGGGCUAGUCAAUUACCUUUUCUUUCUCUCUUUCUUUUCUUCUUGGGUGAUAUAAGCAAGGAUCGGACUACGGAUAUGGUGCAUAUAGAAGGGAUCAUUUGAGGCUUUGAGAGGCCACGCUUGGUACAUGGAAGCAAUGGAGCGGUCUUAGAAGUGGAAGUGUGAAAAUGCAUGGAUUGCAAAUAUACCCAAAUCACUUUUUGUACAUGAUGAGGAGGGGCGGGUGUUGUGGAUGAGAUUUGGUUUGAUAUGGUGCAUUUAUGAAAGAUGGGCAAUGAAAAAUACCAAUUCAGGUC